CUUUAGACAUUCCGGAUAAACUGGAAAAUUGAUAUAUAACAAGCGAAUUUCAUUUGUAUUGGAGUUUCAUUUGAGCGUGGUUUCAUUUUCAUUUCGUAAUUUUUGAACCGAAGGGCGGGCAGCCAGUCGUGGACGCCAAAUCUAGGGUUUCUCAGGUGAAAGAUGGCUGAUGCUGAGGAUAUUCAACCACUUGUUUGCGAUAAUGGGACUGGAAUGGUUAAGGCUGGAUUUGCUGGAGAUGAUGCUCCAAGGGCUGUGUUUCCUAGCAUUGUUGGUCGCCCACGUCACACAGGUGUGAUGGUUGGCAUGGGCCAAAAGGAUGCGUAUGUUGGUGAUGAAGCUCAGUCUAAACGUGGUAUUUUAACUCUAAAGUACCCUAUUGAGCAUGGUAUUGUGAGCAACUGGGAUGACAUGGAGAAGAUCUGGCAUCACACUUUCUACAAUGAACUUCGUGUGGCCCCAGAAGAACACCCAGUUCUGCUAACAGAAGCACCUCUCAACCCAAAGGCUAAUCGUGAGAAAAUGACCCAAAUCAUGUUUGAGACCUUCAAUGCCCCUGCUAUGUAUGUUGCCAUUCAGGCAGUUCUUUCCCUCUAUGCUAGUGGCCGUACAACUGGUAUUGUUCUCGACUCUGGAGAUGGUGUAAGCCACACUGUCCCAAUUUAUGAGGGGUAUGCACUCCCACAUGCUAUCCUCCGUCUAGACCUAGCAGGUCGCGACCUUACUGAUGCCCUCAUGAAAAUACUGACCGAACGUGGCUACUCCUUCACCACCACGGCAGAGCGUGAAAUUGUGAGAGAUAUGAAGGAGAAGUUAGCAUAUAUUGCUCUUGAUUAUGAGCAAGAGCUAGAGACUGCUAAGACUAGUUCUUCUGUUGAGAAGAGCUAUGAGUUGCCUGACGGACAGGUGAUCACCAUUGGUGCUGAGCGUUUCCGUUGUCCGGAAGUCCUUUUCCAGCCAUCCAUGAUUGGGAUGGAAUCUGCAGGCAUUCAUGAAACCACAUACAACUCCAUCAUGAAGUGCGAUGUUGAUAUUAGGAAGGAUUUGUAUGGAAACAUUGUCCUCAGUGGUGGAUCUACCAUGUUUCCAGGCAUUGCUGACCGAAUGAGUAAAGAAAUCACUGCUCUGGCACCAAGUAGCAUGAAAAUUAAGGUGGUGGCUCCUCCUGAGAGAAAGUAUAGUGUCUGGAUUGGAGGCUCCAUCCUAGCAUCUCUCAGUACUUUCCAGCAGAUGUGGAUUGCGAAGGCAGAGUAUGAUGAAUCUGGCCCAUCCAUUGUGCACAGGAAGUGCUUCUAAUUUUAUUAGUGUGGAAGAGGCGGAAGAGUACUUUAUGUUGGCAAAGCAAUUGCAGCUCGUAAGUUUUUCUCUCUACCUUUAUUUCUCUUCUUUUUUCACCCCUCCUUUUUGUGUUAUUUAUCAUGAUUUUCAGUCAGCAGUUG